AUUCUUAGAGUUUUAGUAAGACAAAAAUUGGGAGAUGAACGAUACAGUCACUUUUACUGGAAUCAUAACCUGCAUUCCUCUCUCUCUCAACCCUCGCAUCAAUUUUCUCAUACUCCCUCUCCAAAGCAAUGGAUCGUCAACUGCUCGAAAUUGCUACUCUGUUCGAAGGCAAAUCCAAACCCUCGCUCCCGAGGAUCGCUCGAUUAGCACUGAUCGGUACCGCUGUGGUGUUUCAUGUGUUCAUCGCCCUCUUUUCCGCCAUUGCACCUAACCCUAACAAGACAGCGAUCUACUACGCGCCUAGGGUUCUUCUGAUGUUAUUCGGUGGAUCGGGAGCAACUAUUGCGUGUGUCAUCACCUACAUAAAUCUUCUUAAGCGCCGACUCAAUAGAUUCGUUUGGAUGCUCCUCGCAGGUCUGGCGAUAAUGGGUUAUCAAUUUCUUCUUUUCAUCUACCAAACAUCGCUGAUCUUCCAUAUCCUUCUCUGUUCCUUCACCACUCUCUUCAUUGUCUAUCAUGUCCUUUUCAUUCAUGGGCGUUUUAAGUCUGAUCUGAUGAUAAUAAUACUUGCGCUUUUCGGAAGCAGCAUGGUCGAUACUUUUUUUGAGAAAAAUGAUGGGCAUGUAGUGAAGUCCGCGGCUUAUGUCUUCGUUGUUGUUGCUGCAAUACUUUCUCAGAUGCUUAUGGAUAACCUCGCAGCUGCUGAGAAGGCAGAUGCGAAGAAGGCAACUGAUGAGGAGGCAACUGGGAGCUUGCAGAAGAUUGUUGACAAAGACGACGGCAAGGUUUGACGGCAUCCUACUUGAGCAUUCUACUGGUUGGACUAAGAGCUGGUGUUUCGUCACUGUAAUAAUUAGAAACUUUACUUUUAGGCCGAUGUUUCAUUACUGUAAUAGUUAGAAACUAAACUUGGCAUUCUACUGGGCAACUGGAGUUGUUUCUUGCAUAGCUAACUGUUUGACGUAUUCUGUGAGUACGAGUAAGCACAAAAGUAGUUUCGGCGAAUGGUCUAAUAUGCUGAUACUAUUUGCUAUGUUGAUACUCUUACUUCAGGUUCUAUGCUAAAAUGCUAUUUUUGUAUGUUUUUGGCAGAA